ACUUGUGGCUAAUUGUGAGCAGGGAUUUGGAUGCUAAACUUAUGAGCGAAGGGCACAAUUUCGUGUCUGAAGAACUUCAGGGAGCCGGCAGGAGAAUUUCUGCAAAUUCUCUUGAAUGUGAAGCCAAGGAGAAGAAUAAAUGCAGGGUUUACCGGGAAAUCUUGCAAAGUUUUGAUCAGUCGCACGUGAGGACUGAGGCCCUUGAUGAUUUGAAAACCAAGAUUUUGAGCUACACACCUGGAAGAUGGGUUGAAAACUCUAGGGGGAUGAAAUCUAGCAACUAUAACGUUCCAGAGACAACAACAUUGUUGCUGGUUGGUCCAAAAGGAUGUGGAAAGAGCAGCCUUGUUAAUCGGAUUUCAAAGGUGUUUGAAAAGGGCAAGUUUGCUUCUGAAAGAGCGCAAGUAUCAUAUAAUCUGUUGGUUGGAGAUGGAACAUACUUCCUUCAGGAGUAUAUGGUUCCUAGAGAUUCAAGUUCAGUUUGUCUUUAUGACACCCGUGGCUUGUCAGAUAACACAUCUGAAAACAUUGAGAUGCUCAAGCAGUUGAUGACUAAAGGUGUUCGGAACGGGGGGCUGAUACUCAGGCCAUCAGACAGUGCAAGUUUAAUAAAAAGAAUGAAGUGCAAAGCUCGCCAGAGUGGUUGCCGGUCCAGAGAAAAGAGGAAGGUAAACUUUGUAAUAUUUGUCAUCAAUGGGCUUGAAAUUCUGAAAGCAAUGGAGACAAAUUGUGAGCGAGGCACCAAAUACACCCAAAUGAUUGCUACAACAUUCAACUGUCCCUACUUGUCAUUUAAAGAUGAUAAACCCAUCGUCGUUGUUACUCAUGGUGAUCUGAUUUCACUUGCUGACCGUGCCCGCAUCCGUGUCCAUCUGGGAGACCUUUUGGGUGUUCCACCUGCAACACAGGUUUUUGACAUUCCAGAAAGCUAUGAUCCAGCAACUGAGUUGGCAAUUGCUGAAAUGCUGGUCUAUGCACUUGAGCAUGCUGACAAGCACAUGCCUCUCAGUCGUCGGGGCUCACUAUCUGAACAGGUUUCUUAUCCUAUUCAUGCCUAGUCUUUGAAGGGCAUUUCAUGACCGAACUUGCUUGCUGGCUUUCUAGAUUUCUGGUGAAACGUUCAGCAGCUGGUUUUCUUAUUUCAUACCUCAUCCUGACCUUUAAACCUCCUUUCUUUGUUCACAUUGCAGACUCGUGUUCCGGCCGCUGUAAUUUGGGCAUGUCUGAUUAUACUCAUUGGCAUGUUAUUGACCUACAUGAUUCACAUUCGUCUAAAAUGCAGCCGUAAAUCAAAAAUUCAUGUAGAUUGGGCUUCCAUCAGGCACCUUUGGUUAGACUAGCAGUUGUCUGUGCGGAACUGUUGCGUUUCUGUGUUCAUUGUUUAGUUAUGUUGAACUGUCGUGAACUUGUACAUAAUCCUCGGACAUCUGAAGGCUAAAGUUUUAUGCUUUCUGGACCUUACCAGCGGAAUUCCUAAUGAUGCUGGAUUGUUCAACUAGGUGAAUAAAGACAUGUUUUGUAAUAAAAUAAUUUUUGAAAUAAAAAGUGGAUGGUGGAUUCCGAC